CCGUGUUAUCCACCCACGGGAAAACUGAUUUUCUUUCUCCCUCUCUUUUUUUAAAUAUACCUCAUCCUCAUUCGGUCAGUCUACUGGUUUCGUAUGGACAGCGGAGAUGUAUUUAAAAUAGCAACUUCUUUUUUAAACCAAUCCGUGCAAAAAUCUUGUCCCCGUGAUUCUUGAAGUUCCGCAGCAGACUUGUCGGCGCGUGGAUUUGACAGUGCACUGUCACAUUUUCUUUGCAAAUGAAUCGCACUCAGUUGUACAGACGAAACCGAAAUUCCAAUCGAUCACUGGCUUAUUUUAUUACUAAAGCCACCCCCACUCAGCUCUAAAGAGAAGACAUUUUUGUGUGCCAAACACUGAACUGGGCAGCACGUGCUAUUCAUAAUACUUUGAAGGCUCUCCCCAUCUUUAUUUUUGUUUUGCGCAACCCUUUUCUUGCAAAUACAUAUUUAUUGAGGCCUCUUCAUUCUACACUUGAAAUCGCCGGUUCUAACUUUAAAGGAACAAGGAACCCCAUUUCGUGUUCCGCACCAGGACGACCGGUGUGCAGGAAUCAGCCGUGUCUGAAAGUAGAAGGUGCAGGAGAUUACAGUUUGGUCCAAGCCACAAUGAGUGCCCGCGGUGAGGAAGCCGGCGAAGCUUCAGGAUCCCAGGAACAGCCCGCACCGGCUGAGCCUCCGAAGAGAGGACCGGGCAGACCGAGGAAGCCGCCUCAAGAGCCCACAGGCGAGCCUGUCCCCAAACGACCGAGGGGGCGCCCUAAAGGCAGCAAGAACAAGGGCCCCUCCAAGGCAGCACAGAAGAAAGCUGAGGCCACAGGUGAAAAGAGACCCAGAGGCCGACCCAGGAAAUGGCCACAGCAAGUGGUCCAGAAAAAGCCUGCUCAGGAACAAGAAGAAGAAGAAGAGGCUGAGGAGUCGGGAGAGGAGGACUAAGAAACCACAGCGUUGAACCUCUACCUCAAUCAACUGUCAGGUCUUUCAAAGGGAAAAGACUGCCUUGACCACUUAUUGUUGACUUUCCACUUUUGUUUUGUUCUCGAGUUUGGUUCCGUAUUUGAAAAAGAAAACAUUGAUUUUUUUUUUGUUUUGUUUUGUUUGUUUGAUUUGGGUUUCUUGAAAAGAACACACACUACACCUCAGCAAAUGAAACGGCAGAGACAUAAUGCAGAUGUCUGGCAGAGCCUCCUCCUCCUCCUCGUUCCACCAUGAGGUCUGAGCUGCUGUAAGCACACAUGCAGGGGUCAGACGCGCAACAUGUGUCUGCUCUGCGCUUGCUCCAGUCUCCCCUCUCCACACACACACACACACACACACAGCCACACACACACACAGCCACACACACACACACACAC